AAAACAGAAGCUGGUAAAGAGAACUGGGUGGAUCUUCAUAAAGACAGACUCACAAAGAAAACUCUUCAAGCUAAGUACUGGCCUGACAAGAAAGGGAAACAAAAGAUAGAAAGCAGCAAGAAGGUGAAAUUCAAACUGGUUUUACUUGUAAUAUCUUUAAGCCAAGGAACAAAUUGAAACCACAACAUGUAAUAGGCCCAAAGAAAGUGGAUACCUCUCCCUAAAGGCCUAGAUGAGUUGUUUCUUAUUACCUCAUGCCAUGUAUCAGCCAAGUUGUAGGUAGUUCUUUGAUCUCAGUGAUCUUAAGACAAUUAUAACCUUCGAAAUUAUACUUGUGAUAGUCAGUUUUAUUUUUCACUUCUUUGCUUGGCCCAGUAAUGUGAUUACACUUCUAGUUUCAAAGUUCUUACAAUGAAUUUCAAUAUCUCAUUUCUUUUUAAACACUGUCACAGAGUAACAGCAGUGUGUUCAUUAAGCUUAGUGAAUUCUUCUUCUAAAUACCAGAAUAAUCCCAAUUCUCAAAAUUAACUUUCGUAGCCUUAGCUUUGCCAUUUCAGAUUAUAUUACUGUUACUCUACUCUUUUACUAUACAAUUGUCUUUAAUGAACAAACUGAAUGCAGUCUUAGAACUGAGAAAUAAUCCAAAAAAUACAGUAAAAUAAGCAAGCUAAUGAAAUAAUCUUUAGGUCAACAGCUCCAGCAUCAUAAAGGUUUUGCAAAAUGCAGUCAAUCUUUGUACGAUUGCUUUCCAAAAGGCACCAUCAAACUCCACCUCAGUCACUAAGAUUCCCUUAUUUGUGCAUAUCGACACAUUCUCAGGGCUCUCUCGCCAAUAAAAAAUAGCCUUAUAUACAAAAAGCCAUUUACAAAGAAUCAUUAUCUGGGCAUAGAGAGAUUAUGACAUUAUUAAAAACAAAGACAUAAAGGUCGUGUUGAAAAUGGCUAUAUGAAUCUCUCACAUGUACAGUGUAUUUGGAAGUGUCAAAAGUUACUUCACUAAACAUCAUAAAUCAUUACAAAAGUUUAAUUGAUUGUCUCAUGGAGCAGUAAGAAAUUAAGAAUACUCCAUUUUAGAAAACACAUUAAAAAAAAUAUUCCAAUCUUUAGAGCAACAUGACUUUAAGAAACAUUUUGCAAUAUUUGAGCAAUUAAAAAACGCAAUUUUUGUUUAAAACGUGUCCAUUUUUAUUUCAUAUUCAAUUUCACCUCUAAAGGCUUUUGUUUAAUCGCUCCAAAUGCCUUCUUGUAAAUAAUUUGCCAGGAAAUAGUGAUAAAGUGCAAUUUCUAAGGCACUGUUGUUCUGUUGCCAUGGAAAUAAAUUUUAUAAUGCAUCUUUUAGAACCUGGAAGUGUAAUUUUACUCAAGCCAAAGCAAGCUGUUUGUAUCUUGAGUAACCUAUUAGGAGACUGGGGGCCAACAUUAACUUUAAGCCCCGUUCUGAUGUGUUUCAGUCAACAGCCAUUACUUUCGAUCAUUUAGUUAGGAAUCUUCACAAGUGAGAGAGGUUCAAUCACCAAAAUGCUGAAAUUUUUGUCUCAGAGAUUCAAGAAGCCACAAUUUUAUGGGAAUCGCUUAACAGAGAGCCAAAGAAUUUACAAAGAAGAGUUGAUUGCUGUCGAAAGUACUUCGAGUGGGAUAUUUGAAUCC